AACUCUUUUCUGUACCCCUCUCGUUCUCUUAUUCUCUGCCCCAUCUCUCUCAUCCCCUGACUCUUUCACGGACAGUCUCACAGGGGCAGGGUUGUAACAGAACACUUCUCUCUUUUGUCUCCUUUCUUUUCCUUAUCCUUUCAUCUUUUUAAACUUUCUGGGGAAAUGGGUUUUGGUGGGAUGGAAAUUUCUGCUAUAGGUGAAAGGAGGAAAGAGGAGGGGAGAACGAGAGAUGGAGAAUGAGAGAAGCCAAUAUACGUCUCCUGCUAUAAAAACUAAGGGCUGGAUGGAGGUAGACGCUGUAAAAAAAUCUCCAGAGGAAAUUGCUUUAACAAAUUGCCCUGUAAUUCCAGAGCUGCAUGGUCCCAAAAUCCAACCUGUUCAGAUCACCAUAAACUGACAUGAAAUAAAUGAAAUUCUGCUGUCCGCUACUUUUAUGCCAUUAACUGAAAGGUCACAAGGUGUAGGAUGCACUUUGCUUGGGGUGAUUAAUUUGGACUUAAACUCAAUUAACUGACAAUAAAUCAAUUCUUAAGAAGACAGUCUAUCCAUUAACCUACAUUUAAACCAUUUUCCACUCUGUUUUUGUUUUUUGUUUUUCAUUAUGAGAACUCUCACACCCACCGCCAGCAGAUGGUCCUCGUUCUUUUUUUCCUCCACCAUAAUGUCUUCUUUCAGUACUGUGUCCAUUCCUCUUCUUCUAAACCAGCCCUCUUUCACUCCCACUGGCUGUUGUCCCCUCACCGCCUUUCGUGAAGAUACCUUACUUGAGCACUCAGACCUUCUCGCCGCGGGAAUUUCUGCAUCCACUUAAUUAACUUUUUAGAACUUUUAUUUCAGAUUAAACGUCUCUCAUUUACAGCUCAAAGUCGGCGAUUUGUGGUCUGACUGCUGGAAAAGUAGAGCUGGCGCUCAUGCACGCAGUGUCAGAGGUGUAUUAUUGCUCUGGAUGUUCACCGCUUGCAUGCAAAUCCUCCAGAAAGUCGCGCGCGAGGAAAGUAAAACAGAUAAGCGUGGAAAUACAACUCGACGUGGACCUUCUCAGACUGGACUCCGGAGAUGAUGUGGGAGACUUCUGCAGUCUGAACGAUGUGAAUCGAGAGUGCUUCUGGAAAUUUCGUUAAUUUUUGCGUGAGACUGACAGACUGUAGAAUCAAUGUGGUGUUUGCCGAAGAUACGUGUGGCCCGAAACUCACCUAAACGUUGACACGUCUUGGGAGUGAUGCACUGGCUUCCCCUGGUUGCCAUGGUGAUCGCCUCGGCCCUGCCUUUCCCUCAAAGUCCUGUGCCCAGGCUUGUUGCCGCGACGAUAGAGCCUGGCAGAAACGACAGCAACAGCAGCAGCGUCCCGACAGCUAACAUCAGCAUGCCGACCAACUCAUCAGUGGACAAAGACUCCCAUGAUGCUGUUUCUCACAACAACUACAGCACACAUGACAUAGCUCCUCACAGAACAGUCGAUAAGCCGAGCACGUUUGAGGAGGACAAUAUAUCCAAAGAUAGACCAAACCGAGAGAAUCUUCUAAUAGAAGACCGUUUUGUCAAUAACACAAAGCAGGACUACACAGGUGGAGGUAGGACUACCGGAGCAGAUGCCUCCAGACCGCAUGAUCCUAGGAAACACAACUCACAAAAAAUACUAGCUGAAAAAAGCAAUGAUAUUCUCAAGGACUAUCAGCUUGAAAGUAGCCAGUUUCAUGAAGGAAGCAGUAUUGAGGUAGAGACUCUUCUUAAAGAUGACAGGAACGCAAGAAGUAAACUGAGAGACGGGCCUCUUGAAGGUCCUACGGUCUCGCUGCAGAGUUCUCCAGUGCAGGAACAUCUGGACGAAGCUCAAACGGUUGGGAGCACCAAUGCUAAAGAGUUGGUGCAGCAAUAUGGAGGGUUUGGAACAGAACCGGGCUUUGGGUUUGAUGACAUAGGCCUACGAGAAGAAGAUCAGCUGCUUUUGCUGGACGCCCAUCCUCGGGUACUUUUCUCCCCGGCCCUUUCCCCACCCAAACACCCACCUCUGCUCUUAAUGCUGGAGUCGGGCUUUUUGACCGAUGACGUUGAGGAUGAGGAAAGUCACAUGAUGGAUGCUAACACGUCUGCUCACAGAGGCGACAAAGAAACAUACAGGAACUUACUCUUGGGCCUCUCUGAUUCUGAUGGCCACAUUCCAAGUGUCCGCCGCAAGCGUCAAGCCGUCCACAGCGCACAAGGCAUCGCACGCUCUGUAUGUGAGGCCGAAAGCAGGUGGGUGACCAACAAGAAGACCGCGGUGGACUUUCUUAGCAACACCGUCACUAUUCUGCAAGAGAUCCAGACCCAGACCGGGCCGCUCAAGCAGCAUUUCUAUGAAACAAAGUGCCGUAAGCCAGAUCCAAAUAGGAAAGGUGAAGUGCAGGCGGUGGAGGGGGCCAGCUGCUUGGGGGUGGAUAAGAAACACUGGAUGAGCAGGUGCGAAACCAAACAAUCGUACGUACGCGCACUCGCCUCAGAUGAAAACAAGAGGAUAGGAUGGAGGUGGAUCCGUAUUGACUCCUCCUGCGUUUGCGUGCUACUCACUAGAGGGACAUACAACACUAAGAAGUUUGAGAGAGGAAGAGAGCGAGAAGGCAGAAGUAUACGGGUUUGAAGUGAUAUGAUGUGAUGAUGAGUUCCUCCGCUCUGCUGUCAUUCCUCCGGUCCAUAUCCACGUCUAAACUCACACAAACAAGAAAACCUCAACACAGAGAUCCUUUUUUUUUCCUUCGUACUUUUCGUGUAUUGUUGCAUUUGUUUUAUUGUAUCUAUAGAUACAGACAAUAAGUUAUUACUUUUGAAUUAGUAUGUAAGCCUUAGUACUUGAUAUUAAUAUAUUUCUUUAUAAAUGUACAAUAUGUGAAACAUAUACAUCAUGCAAAUAUAUGUGUAUUUAUAAUAACCAAAAACAAUUAAGCUGUUUAGUGGUCAGCAGUGGUCCAUCAAAUACCUGUCCCAAAACAUGAGCCUCUUCAGUUUGAGUGUCAGAGACGAUGGUUCACCCAUGUACUGUUCACUCAGCAAAUGUUACAGAAAUACAGUCCAAAAAAUGAGUGUUGGAUGAAAUGAACUGUAGUCAAGUUCCCUGGUUACUGUAUUAAGAAAGCUGUGGAAGUCAGUACACAGGGUUUGAUGUUAUUUUUCACAUUGAGUCAUUGUAAUAAAGUAUUAUGUAAUCUUUGUAAGGUAGAUGCUUUUGUAUAUGAAUUUUUUUUUUUUACAAAGUAGAUGGAAGAGUGAGAGGUGCUUUGGUAAAAUACAAAGUGGAAUAUAUGAUUGUAGUUCUAUUUGUUUUGUAUUAAAAAACAGGAAGUACUUUGAUUUGCAGUUGUCGAAUAUAAAACCUCAGAUCUCACCUCGCACACAAAUAAGCAUCUCAAAAUCACGAGCACGCUGAACUCUUUUAGUACCAUUAGGAACACUUUAUUUUAUUUUGAUUUUCAUCAUUAUCUUCAUUAUCGUUAUUGUUUAUUUUGCAGACAUCAUUUUCAAUUUGAAUCACUGUCAUCCUCAUCAACAGUAAUGGUUUGUUUUCAAAUCAUAACACAAUUUUGUCAAAAUUUACACAUACAAGUAGCAUAUUUUAAUGACCGUGUUUUUAAUAUUUCAUAUUUACGCUUUAAACUAGAUCAAAUAAAAUUACAGUCAGAAUUAUUAAAUGAACAUGUACAUACAGUUAUUCAAUACAUACAUACAGAAAAUAAAUAGUUAUCAUAAAAAUAAAAAAUAAAAAUGAAAAUACACACAUUUUACAAAUUGUUCCCCAAGCUCUUAACCUCAUAUGUUAAUGUACACAUAAUUUUUAUUUUUAACUUCAUAUUGUCUUAUUCCCAGUAAGGUUUAGUUCGUUGUCGUCUUGGUUGUUUGACAUGCAUCGCAACACAGAAGCUAAACAUUUCCUCUCACUUGUUUUCCCCUGGCCCUCCCCCCAUUUCUCCUCCUCCGUUCACCUCUGGUCAUCUUUUAUGGCUUGCGUUGUUAGAAUGAUUCUGUCCGUCAGGACUCAUUUCUGCUGGUCACUUGCUCUGUUCGCAAGCAUCUUCACCUCGCGCAUCUGUCUAUCUGCCACCACCAGCUUCCCUUCAUUUGCUGACCUUUAGUCUUUAAUCUAAAUGUUCGAAAAAUGUAAAAAAACACCUAGUAGUAACUGAGCAAGAAUUGUGCCCUUUGCAGUCUCACGUGUAGCUCUCACUGCUCACUGGGAGACACAUACAGCGAAGUCUUGGCCUCACACAGCCUGGCCCCUCCACUGUGCUCUUAUGUGCUUCCUCUGAACCUUACCGUAUGUAAACAUCCCUGAAGUCCAGGUUGAGUUGCCACAAACAUCCUUUGC